UCUAGGUUGACAGCAAGCCACAUAUGCACUAAAUACCUGUCACCUCCAUUACCCGCCAUGUGUUCUCUUUCUUCUUCAACCAGACUUUUCUAGCAGUGAAGAAAGAACAAGAAAAACUGAAGCCGACCAUUCUAGAACCCAAAACCCUUUAAGAUCAAAUCACCAAAAUGAAUUCUCUUACUUCACGUUUGAUCCAUUCAAGAACUUCACUCUCCAAAUUAUAAUAGUACAAUGGCUGUAUCAAGUUAUGGGAGAUAUUUAUCUACUGAUUCGAAUAAGGUUGAUGAACCCUUUAAAGUUGAGGAGGCUGAGACAUUGAAUGUACCUCCACCACCAACAGAGAAGUUGCUUGUAUUGGGUGGAAAUGGAUUUGUUGGCUCUCACAUCUGCAAAGAAGCUGUAGACCGUGGCUUAACAGUUGCUAGCCUCAGCAGGUCUGGCAGGCCAUCAAUACAGGAAUCAUGGGUUAACAACGUGAUCUGGCAUCAAGGAAACCUACUAUCAUCUGAUUCGUGGAUGGAAGCCUUAAAUGGGUUCACCUCUGUUGUAUGUGAUCUCCUCACUAUCCACCCAAAUAACAUUUUGUUUUUGUGUGCCCGCGUGUGUGCAAUGAUUUCUUGUGUUGGUGGUUUUGGCUCGCAAUCUUAUAUGUAUAAGAUUAAUGGAACUGCAAAUAUAAAUGCAAUUAGAGCUGCUUCAGAAAAAGGUGUAAAAAGAUUUGUUUACAUCUCUGCUGCUGACUUUGGCUUGGUCAAUUACUUGCUGCAAGGUUAUUACGAGGGAAAGAAGGCUGCUGAAACAGAGUUGUUGACCAAGUUUGCAUAUGGAGGAGUGGUUCUCCGGCCUGGGUUUAUUUAUGGAACUCGCAAUGUUGGAAGUGUGAAGUUACCUCUUGGUGUAAUUGGUUCUCCGUUGGAGAUGGUUCUCCAACAUGCAAAACCACUUAAACAGCUUCCCCUCGUUGGACCCUUGUUCACUCCCCCUGUCAAUGUUACUGCCGUGGUGAAAGUUGCAGUAAGGGCAGCAACUGAUCCAGUUUUCCCUCCCGGCACUGUGGAUGUUUAUGGAAUACUGCGUUAUAGCCAGCAGCAAAGAGCAACAUAGAUUUGUUGAUAUCGAGACUUCAUCUGUUUUCUUCACCAAUAUAGAGUUCAUCAUCAAUACCAAGAUUUCAUCUGUUUUCUUCUUCUCUGUAAGUUCUGAAAAUGUUAGUUGUUGGAGUUGGACUCGAAGCAUUUUGUGAACUGGAGACUCACAAAAAGGUUCCAUUAACAUAUCUGAUGAAAUAAAAAUACAUGAUAAGAACCAGCGCA